AUGUCCCCCCACAACCUCUACAGUCGCUCUCGCCGACACAGCAUGUUCCCCUUCCCUCCCGGUAUGAUGCCCGGUAUGCCGCCUCAUCCAGGUAUGGGAGGAUUCUCAGGCCCUCGUCGUCCUACAGGUUACGACAGUGAUAGUGACAGUGAUGACGAUGAGCCUUGUAGGCCUAGGUCUGGUAUGCCAUCUCGACCCGGCAUGGGUGGCUGUCCUGGCAUGGGAGAAUUCCCUAAGCUGGGUGUCCUAGGUGGACGUAGGCCUGGUCCGUACGGCUACGAUAGUGAUGACGAGGAGGAUGAGUAUGAAAUGGAUGGCCCUCGUCGCCCUGGCCGCGGUGGUCAUCUUCCUCUCCCUCCUCCACACAUCCAUAACCGAGUCCUUCAGUUGAUGGAGAUGUUGCAGAACAGGUAUGGGCGACCCGGAGGUCACGGGGGUCACGGUGGUAUGGGGCCAUACGGGGGCAUGGAAGGCUACGGCGGUAUGGAAGGAUGUGGCGGUGGGUUUAGGCCUCGCCGACGCUCUUCUGGUGACUACUAA